GGAGGAGGAGGAGGAAGGGGGGAGGUGGAGGAGGUGUUCGAACCGUUGUCCACCACGUUCGAGGACGUGACGAAAGCGUUGACCCAAACAGAGGCAGGCGAGUGCCUUCACACGUUGGGAAAAUGCGAGUCGGGCCUCGGCUACGCUUACCUCGGCUUGGACGCGUCCAACAGAGGUCUGACGAAUAUAAACAUUAUACCCAUGUUCAAAUACGUGCUAUACGUAAACGUGUCCGGGAACAGAUUGAACAACGAGGCACUCCGCGUUCUUUCGUCGAUGACGUAUCUUCUGAUGCUUCAAGCCGAUAAAAAUGAGGUGGAAUCCGCGGAAUUGGAUCCCAUGCCUUACCUUCAGGUUUUAACGUUGAACGAGAACAAAUUAAACAACACGUCGGGCAUCUCGCACAAAUUUCUCGAAUGCCUGGAAUUGAAUCACAAUAACAUACAGGAGAUCACUUUGAAUCCGUACGAUCUCGAGAAUUUGAAGACUCUCGAAAUGAGUGGAAACAUUCUUACAACAACGAACGAUAUAUUCUUUCCGGGAUUGGUACGAUUGUAUCUCGGCGAGAAUCAAAUAGAUAGAUUGGAAGGAUUGGAGAUAUUGGUCAAUUUGAAAAUUCUACAUCUGAGAAGCAACAAGAUAUCGAAUUUGUCCGGGUUUGACGCGCGAUGCGCCAAACUUAAUUACCUGAAUCUACGUAAUAACGAGAUAGCAAAAAUUUCCGAGUUUGAGAAAUUAAGCUGCUUGCCGGCACUCGAGACUCUAAUCAUUAUGGAGAAUCCCGCGAUAGGCGAUAGAGAAAUGGAGGAGGAAUUUGCUUACAGGCAAAUUAUUCUUGCUAUGUUGCCCAAUUUGACGCGAAUCGACAAGGAUCCGGUGAUGUACGAUGAAAAGAAAGAAGCGAAAGAGUUUCGUAGACAAAUGAUUCAAGAUGGGACAACGUUCGCCGAUCUGGAUUAUAAUUUCCUAACUGGGGGAUGA